AUGGAAGGGGAGCUGCGAGUGAGCGUCAGGCAUGGGCAGCAAACUCUCGACAUUUCACUACCAUCGUCGGCGCGAGUGAGCGAUCUUAUGGAGCGGCUCCAAGCUCUGACCAAUGUGCUGCCUCGCGGACAGAAGCUCAUCCACAAAGGGAAGAUCUUGACUCCAGACAUGACGCUCGCCAGCGGCUCCAAGAUUAUGAUGAUGGCCACGCAAGGAACACAUCAAGGGUCAGCUCCUGAGAUGAAGAAGCCUAGCGUUUUGCUCAAGUCGAAGCCAGCGGAGAAACCGGCCACAAAGAUCAAACCACCCGAAAGAGUUGAAGUUUGGAAAUCGACUGGGUAUGUCUCAUUACGAGACACUGAAGUGCUGGAAAUUCCAGCCACUGUGUGGGCUCUCGGCCAGUCGAUAAUAAUUUUGGACUUGACGAGCACAAUGCUAAGAAAGGUGCCGGCCGAACUUUCAUGUUUGUCAAAACUAAAGAGACUGUCUUUGUCGGGUAACAGCCUCGAUGAUACUAGCAUUCACUGGAAAAGCUUGUGCUCACUACAGAGCCUUGAGCUUCUUGAACUCACGGCCAACUGCUUGACCAGCUUGCCUUGUGAGAUCCAAGGGCUUUCAUCUCUCAGGCUGCUAAACGUUUCCAGGAACAAACUCACAACGCUGCCAGACGAUAUCGGCAUGCUGUCUCGAUUGGAAAGGCUCAACUUGAGCAACAACAGCCUACGUGAAAUUCCAUCAUCUAUUGGACACUGCUCUGCUCUUACGAAUAUAAAUCUCUCUUCCAAUUUCCUGACUCUUGUACCACCAUCGAUUGGCGAGUUACGAAAACUCAAGUCCUUACUCCUUGCAAACAACGCUCUGAAGGAGUUUCCAGCGAGCAUUCUCAAGGGGUGUGGUGAACUCAACUCGCUUGAUUUGCACGGGAAUCCCAUCACUAUCGAAGCUCUGAGAGAAAUUGAUGGCUGGGAGGAGUUUGAUGCGAGAAGGAAGGCGAAGUAUGACAAACAGAUGGUGUUUCAAGUAAUGGGGCCAUCGGAUGGAUUUGACGAGGGCGCUGACACUCAGGAAACACGGCACUGGUGAAACGAUCCGGACAAACGAAGCACUCGUGAGCGAAAUGGUUCCUGAUCUUAUUCUCUCACCUGGAGGAACUAACAAGCAUUCUAAACUUGACUUCCAAAACUUCUCGAGGUAUACUUCGAAGUCACCGGUGAUCGAAUGAAUUGAGAUGACACGCUUACUCUCUGUGCUCGCAGGAGAGUGUUCUCUCAUAGCCAUUCGAUCGGUGUGUAUUUGAAUAGCUUAAACUCGCAAUCGGCGCCACCACUGACUACUGUGUCCUCCCGCCACCAAUCCGUACAAAGGACCUACAACAAAACGAGAAUGUAAAUUGUUUGAGCACUUGCUCGCAACAAACGAACCUUGUCUUUGUGCGCC